AUGGCGUCAACUUUCAGCAUCUCAGCCGCGCUCCUCCUCCUCAUCUUCACCAACACCAUCCUUGUCACCGCCGUUCCGGAACGUGAAUACUACUCGAUGCUCUCUGCUCUCAGAUUCAGAGGCUAUCACCUCUUCGCUAACGCAAUCACAACCACCGACCUUCGCUACGACAUUUUAUCCGGCAGCAACUUCACCUUCUUCGCACCGAUCGAUUCGGCUCUUUAUUCUCUUGACAUGAGCAUGUCGGCGGCCGAUUACACCCUGGCUCUGCGUUUCCACGGCGUGCCUCACCGUCUCUCUCUUCCUGACCUCCGGAUGCUUCCUUAUGGUUCGAAUUCUUUCCCAUCGCUUGUACGUGGUCAUGAGAUUCAUAUAGUGAACCCUCUGCUGCUUCCAUUCCCGGUUGUGGUGGAAGGAAUUGAUAUUGCUUUUCCUGGUUUGUUCUACGACGAACAUAUCGCUGUUCAUGGUUUGGAAGGUAUUAUCGACUUCAGAUCUCUGACGGAUACCGGAAACUCGACUUCGAUUCUAGGAAGUAACGUUGCGUCGAAUUCAACGAAAGAUCACGGUUAUGAAUCAGCAGCAACAAACCUUACAAAUGUUCACACUCCUCCCUCUCCGAUGACCGCGCCCUCUCCUCAACCGCCUUCCGAUUUAACUGUAAAUCAGACGGUAGCAGUUCCGGAAGCUGCUACGCCUCGUCCGGCCUCCAACAUAGCUGAAUCUCCGGUAUUAGUGCCGAUGACAUCCGCUGUGCCCUCUUCUGCUAUAUCUACGGAUAUGCAGGGUAUUUCUAUUUCUGGGGCUCCACCGCAUCGUCCGCCGGAGGUUUAUUCAGCAUUUACUCCUCGUGGCCGUGAAGAACACAUGUCGACGGCAACGAGGUAUGAGUUGAUUUCUGAGAAAAUACCUGGGGUUUCACUGGCUACCAAAUCGACCGCUAAUGCAACCGAGGAAUUUACUCAGGUGGAUGAGAAGAACAUUGACUGCCCUACUACAGAUGACGAUGGUGAACGGUUGAACAUUGCUAACAUACGCCGUGGUGAUCUCUACACACGGGAGCUCUAUAACCCAAUCAAUAUGACUUUUGCACAAGAAUAG